AUGACUUCUCGCCCGAAGGCGGACCAACUGCGGAAAGUCAGCUCGCAGCGGCUGCCUCCUCCAGCACUUUUCCAGGGACCGCCAUCCCAUAAUGCAUCAAACCUGUCCCUCGCGCCACCUCCGACCGGGGGGGUUCCAACUGGGACCCAGGCCCCACCACUGCAGCGUAAUAGCUCAGCGCGCAGGCUUGGGUCGAUCGACUCGCAAAUACCCCUUUCGCCAUUCCUGACACGCACUCAAUCCAAGGGGGAGGCGGAUGGAUCGGACGCAGUGUGGCAGGAGAUGCAGAACGCAUUGGCUGAGGUCGAGCUGAGCGCGGUGACGAGCGAGCAUGUGUUUGGCGAGAAGCAUUCUGAAGCGCUGGAAGAUCUGCGGAUGAGACAGUUGAGGCUUGCACAGGCAUGGGCACGGAGCGAAGCCGAAGAUGAGGUUGUUGACUCGAAAAGUACGACUGAUCACAACAAGCAAUCGUCCGUCAAGAAGGGCUCUCAGAGCGCAGCUGGCGGGACUACUGACCGAGCAGGUAUGGAGAGCGCAUCUCACAGGACUUUGGAUGAAGAGACCGAGAAGGAUAUUCUGCUCGCUCGGGAAAGACGAGAGGCCAACGAUCGGUACUUUAACAGGGUCAACAAUGGCGUCCUGGACGUGGUUGCCAAACUGGAGGAAGUUGCGCAAGCCAUGCGGAUCGUGGAGAGGGAAAGCAAGGAUAUUUGGAGCGACUCGGACAGCAUCGGUACUGCACCUUCGACCAACACCAGCUGA